CGCACCGGGGCGGGGGGGGUUUAGUUACCGUCAGGGGGCUUAUGAAGAAACCUCUCCUGUUUCUGUAGGGCCUUUCUCGCGUCUCGGGACCAAACCUCCACGGAACGGUGACGGAGCAGGGGGGGCAGCGGGGAGGGGGUUUGGCGGCGAGGAACACAGCGGCGAGCGGGUACACAUUCCCCCAGAAAAAUAAAGUUGUGUUUUUUGUUUUUUUUUUCUUUUCCCCUUUAGGUUCCGGCCCUUUGUGCCACACAUCCCCUUUGAUUUCUAUGUCGUGAGUAACCCUCUCCCACGGAGCUGUUUGCAGGCAACAGCUGCGGGACUUUUCCGUGUUUAAAGAUGCUGUCUCAAAAGCCUCAUUUGCUGACUUUGAUGGUUUAACUUCUUUUAGCUUAGCCGGAGUAACGGAGCUCACUGAAAACACUGUUGGUUCAGUAACUAACCUGCAAUCUUCUGUCUGUUGUUUGGAGUACUUGUGUCACCCGGGAUGACUGGGAUGCAGUUGAGUAGUAAUCACAACAAAUAAACGCCUCGGUUGAGGUUUUUCUGCUUUCUAAGGCACCUCGCUCACCCAGAGCCCCAGUUCUGUCAGCUCCCUGUAACACCAACCUGGUGGGUUACUCCGAUAGCUGUCGCUCACCGCUCAGAUGUUCUCCAGGCUCUUUUGCCACGUUGGUCCUCCCAAGGACCACACAUUUCCCAUCUUUUAAUAGGGGGAAAUAAUUUUCUCCUCCUGCCAAGCAUCUGCCCUUCACAGACAUCUGACUUCCAAGGCAAACAGGUUCACCUCCUCUCGCCUUCCAGGCCUUGUGGCCGUCAAUCCCGUCAGAGCAACCAAAAAGCUCCGGCCAUCUGCAAACAAGGGGUGUUAUUCUUAAGGGACCGUCAUAUAGUUGAUAAAAAGCCUCUUGAUGGACCCAUUCCUAACGAGAUCUGCCCCUUCUCGCACCCCAUGGGUGCACGGGCACGCUGGCAGCUCUGAAGAUGCAGAGCGUACGGGCAGGACAGGCAGCUGCUCUCCCUUCCUUAGGAUAACUUCAAAGUGAAAUUAUAAAAGCAACGAGUGAAAAGCAGGAUGGGGAAAUCACAAAGGAGACGAGUGCUGGAGAAUAAAAAAAAAAAAACCCAAACCCAAAUGUAAAUUUUGCUGAUGAGUGGGUUGAACCAAAGUCUUUCUUUUCUCGGGCGUUGCAGUCUGAUAUCUGAUCCCGUUUCAGUGCGAAAUGGCUUUCCCCCGCGUAAAACCUGCCGCCGAUGAGACCGCCUUCAGCGAAGCCUUGCUGAAGAGAAACCAGGAUCUUGCUCCGACUGCUGCUGAACAGGCUUCCAUUCUUUCUCUGGUGACCAAAAUAAACAACGUGAUCGACAACUUAAUUGUAGCACCAGGAACGUUCGAAGUGCAAAUUGAGGAGGUUCGCCAAGUGGGUUCCUACAAGAAGGGCACCAUGACGACGGGGCACAACGUGGCCGAUCUGGUUGUGAUUCUGAAAAUCUUACCCACCCUGGAAGCUGUGGCAGCCUUGGGAAACAAAGUCGUGGAAAGCCUGAGAGCGCAGGACCCCAGCGAAGUCCUGACCAUGCUGACCAACGAGACCGGCUUUGAGAUCAGCUCAGCCGACGCGACGGUGAAGAUCCUUAUCACCACGGUGCCGCCCAAUCUCCGCAAGCUGGACCCCGAACUACACCUGGACAUCAAAGUGCUGCAGAGCGCCCUGGCUGCCAUCAGACACGCUCGCUGGUUUGAGGAGAACGCUUCCCAGUCCACGGUGAAGGUCUUAAUCCGGCUGCUGAAAGACCUGAGAAUUCGAUUCCCUGGCUUUGAGCCCCUCACCCCCUGGAUUCUGGACCUGCUGGGGCACUACGCCGUGAUGAACAACCCCACCAGGCAGCCCCUGGCUCUCAACAUCGCCUACAGGCGCUGCCUUCAGAUCCUGGCAGCGGGGCUCUUCCUCCCUGGAUCUGUUGGCAUCACCGAUCCCUGCGAGAGCGGAAACUUCAGAGUCCACACAGUGAUGACCCUCGAACAGCAGGACAUGGUGUGCUACACCGCGCAGACACUCGUCCGGAUUCUCUCUCACGGAGGCUACAGGAAAAUCCUCGGCCAAGAGGGUGACGCCAGCUACCUGGCUUCUGAAAUGUCCACGUGGGAUGGCGUGAUAGUGACGCCUUCCGAGAAGGCUUAUGAGAAGCCUCCAGAGAAGAAAGAAGGAGAAGAGGAAGAAGAGAAUCAGGAAGAACCAGCUACAGGCGAGGAGGAGGAGAGCAUGGAGACGCAGGAGUGAAUCGCCCAGCCCCUCUCUCCCCUGCAGCAGGACCCCCACCUCUGGGUGCUGCUGGCUGAAGGAUGCGAAGAACCGAGCAGAGGACCGAGCCCCUUGUCAGCGAACGCAGCCAGCUGAUGCGACCUGUCCCUUGUAUGUGUUUUUAUAAGUUGCACAUUAAAGCGUUCCCCCCCUUU